CUAUUACCGCAGUUUGUGUACUAUUCAGUGUGCAGAGCCACUUAUAGACACAAAAUGUCUCGGUAAACCGGUUGAGAAAUGCUAGAAAGAAUGUCGUUUUGUUCGGCAGUGGGCAUAUACCGGAUCGGGUCGAUAAGGCAGGUUAGUGUACCAAGGUUACUUCGUGUGACGAGUCCGUCCGUACGCAACAUGGCGCAGACAGUCAAGCUUAACAACGGCUACGAGUUUCCUGUUCUGGGUCUGGGAACGUACAAGUCAAACCCAGGAGAAGCUGAGCAGAUUGUUAAAGAUGCUAUCGACAUUGGAUACCGCCAUAUUGACUGCGCCAAGUUUUACGAAAACGAGAAGGAAGUGGGAGCCGGCAUCAGAGCGAAGAUCGCUGAAGGUGUCAUAAAGAGAGAAGAUAUCUUUGUUACCAGCAAGCUGUGGAACACGUACCAUGCCCCUCACAUGGUGGUACCAACUUGCAAGAGGACCCUCUCCGACCUCGGGCUCGACUACGUCAACCUUUACCUCAUUCACUGGCCUCAUGCGUUCAAGGAAGGGGACGUAUUUUUACCAAAAGAUUCCUCGGGCAAUAUCAUCUACAGCGAUGUGGACUACGUGGACACGUGGAAAGAGAUGGAGGAAUGUGUUAAACAGGGCCUCACGAAGAGUAUUGGCUUGUCUAACUUCAACAGUCAACAGAUACAGCGGGGACUGGAUAUUGCUACAAUCAAACCCGUCGUCAACCAGGUAGAGUGUCACCCGUACUUGAACCAGACCAAACUAAUUGACUUCUGCAAGAAAGAGGGACUCGUGGUGACAGGUUACAGCCCAUUUGGGGGACCAGCGAGUAUUGCUCUGACCAUACCAGACGCCCCUGCUCCACUCAAAGACGCCAAGAUAAAGGAACUGGCAGAGAAACGUGGCAAAACACCUGCCCAGAUUAUACUUAGAUAUCUGAUUCAGCAUGGUGUGGUGCCAAUUCCGAAAUCAUCCAAUAAAAAUCGCCUACAAGAAAAUUUUGAUGCACUGAAGUUCGAAUUGACACCGGAAGAAGUGGCAGAAAUUGAUGCUAUAAACACGAACACCAGGAUAUGCAUUAAAACGGAGUUGAGUGACCACAAGCACUAUCCAUUCAGCCUUGAAUUCUGAUCCGGCAACAUGGAUCCGAAUUCGUCACUCAUGCUGUACUUUCCUGAACAGUAUCUACAAUCAUCCAACUUUAUCCUAACUCAGGUUAAUGUUAUGAAUUGUCGCAUGAGUACUGAAGUGUACUGCGUCCAUCAAUAUAAAUUUUCUGGAACUGGGUUUGAAGUUAGGGAAUCAAUUGAAGUGUAAAGAUAAAUUAGAACAAAGCACAUUCUGAAAUCUGUAACUUCCAAGUAAGAGAAACCUACGAAGUAAGUAGAAAUAGUGUAACAAAACACGGAGAAUCAACAGAGUACAUUAGCUUUUCUUUCUCCUAGAAGGAACACUCCAGCACUCAGGCGAAAAAUGUAAUUCUCAGUACAAUAUUUCUAAAAGAAUAUUCCGUCUUACAUGGUACUAAUGUUCCUGGAAGAUUAAUAAUUUGGUUUAAUUUCCCAAGAAAUAUAUUUUCAAGUGUUAAUUCAAUUAUUGUGACCUAUUUUGGUGACUUUGAAGUUAAUAAAAACUGUGAUAAAAUGUAUAUAACGUACAAGCAUAUAAAUGAGAUAUGGAACAAGUUUA